CGCAAAUUUGCACACCAUGGGCAUCAACCUAGCCCUAACGAGAAUAAGUAGGCUUCUACUGAUUUUGGGAAACCCCCAUGUCAGCAGCUACAAGUCUAUUCACAUAGCAGGGACAAAUGGUAAGGGUUCCACCGUGGCCUACAUUUCCUCGAUUCUUACCGCUUCUCGCAUCCGCAACGGGAGGUUCACCUCACCGCAUCUACUUUAUUAUAACGAUUGUAUUUCCAUAAACAACGAAACAUAUCCAUUGGGAAAGUUCCACGAAGUGUCCGAGCUAGUAAAGCAGCAGAACAAGAUACACGACGUAGGGUGUACGGAGUUCGAAUUGUUGACGGUGACGGCAUUCAAGAUCUUUGAGUUGGAGAAGGUUGAAUAUGCGGUGAUAGAAGUGGGGUUGGGAGGCCGGCUCGAUGCUACCAACGUGUUGGAGCCAUUUGGUGGCCAGCAUAAGGGUGGUGUGAUUGUCUGUGGAAUCACCAAGAUCGGUAUUGAUCAUGAGCAGUUUUUGGGAUCAACAUUGAGCGAAAUCGCUUCUGAAAAAGCAGGCAUAAUCAAAACCGGUAUUCCUUGCGUAGUGGACGGGACAAAUAGUGAAGAGGUCUUGGAGACCAUACGACAGAAGGCUGCUGAGUGUGGGAGUACAGUGCAUAUUGUGAAUGGAACAACGAGUUCUUCCUUUUCAGAGUAUACUCAAGAACAGGUCCAAGAUCUUCGUUCAAAGUCGCCAUUAAAAGGAAACUACCAGCUCCAGAACUUGAGUGUGGCUCUCAGGUUGGUAGAACUUCUCAAGGCCAAAUUCAGUAGUCAGAUUACCAAGGAAUCAGUUGCAAACGGUGUCGCGAGCGUGGUAUGGCCGGGACGGCUUCAACUGGUGCGGUACAGAGGAGUGGAUAUGCUUAUCGACGGAGCCCACAACGAGAGUGCGGCCCAGGAAUUGGGCACAUACUUGCAAUCGUACCGAGACGAAGAAGGGUUAAUUAUGGUGGUAGCGUUGAGUAAGGGCAAAUCGGUCGAGAAUCUCGUUAAGUAUAUUGCCAACCAACAAAAAGACUCGAUUAUAGGCACCAAAUUCUCCCGUCCUGAAGGUAUGCCGUGGGUUUCUUCUUACGGGGUGGAAGAGGUGAUAAUGGCUGCGAAACCGCAUUUUAAAGACGUGAUUGAGUCUGACGAUAGUCAAACCGUGCAAGAUAUCUUGGACCGUAUAGUUGCCCUCAAGGCCCAAGGCGACAGCCGGAAGGUGGUUGUGUGUGGCAGUUUAUAUCUUUGUUCUGAUGUCCUCAGACUUGUAAAUAGUUAGCCAUGGCUCGAAAAUGCAUGUAACAGACGCGAAUG